AUGGCAACAAACGAAGAAAGAAAAGAAAAAUUAUUAGAUUUACUUCAAAAGUGGGUUCAAGUUGAAGGUUUUGAUUCAGGUUUCAUUGAGCCAAUUAAAUGCGAAAGAGUUGAACAUGGUAAAGUUGUUUUUUCAACUGUUGUUCAACAAAAACAAUGUAAUGUUUUAUCAACACUUCACGGAGGUGCUAUAGCAACAUACAUUGAUAUUAUUUCUUCAUUAGCAAUUAUUUCAUUAAAUUUAGAUAAAGUUUCACCAAGUGUUUCAGUUGAAAUUAGUGUAAAUUAUAGCUCAAGCGCACCAGUAGACAGAAAGAUUUACUUUAUUUCAAAUGUUUACAAAACAGGCAGAAGUCUUGCUUUUACAGAUACAACCAUUCGUUUAGAUUCAGAAGAAGGUCAAAUAGUUGCUAAAGGUUCACAUACCAAAUUUUUACCAAUUCAAAAGAAAUCAAAAUUAUAA